GUAAGACAACACACACAUAUAUAAUACAAACUUCGACCUUGUACAUCCACACUUACAAAUUUGAAUUUCAUUACUUAACAUAGUAGUAACAAUUGCGAAUAGAAAAACACUUCAGAUGAUUGUGCCACUGAAACUAUUGGUAUUUAUGGUAGAGUUUUUUAUUUUGAAAGUUACAGCACAAAUAAACCUUGCUCUAGAAGGACAGGUGAAGCAAAGUUCAACAUACGAGACGUUCGGUCCAGAGUUGGCCAUUGAAGGACCAGCCAAUAAUGACUGGAAUGAUGGGUGCUCAUCUACAAAUACGUGGCAAAAGACGGCAUGGUGGCGAUCACGACUACCAGAACUAGUCUACGUGACAAAUAUUGAGUUAUAUUAUCGUAACAGAGCAGACCGUAUGAAAGACUUUCGUUUGAUUCUAUCAAAUCGCAGCGUUUAUGAUCGCGAUGUUUUUCGUUGCUACACAGAUUUGGGUAUAGCUGGAUAUCCUGACGUUACCCAGAAUAUCGAUUGCAACACCCUCACGAAAAAUAUUUAUUUCUUCAACAGAAGAUCCUCUACUCCAGGUGGUGAAGGUGCUUUCGUAGAAUUAUGCUAUAUAGCAAUAUAUGGAUGUUGGAAAGGUACAUGGGGAAUAAAUUGUACAAAUUCUUGUCCUGCUAACUGUAUAGACCAUCACUGUUACCCUGGUAAUGGUUCUUGUAUUUGGGGAUGUGAUUCCCGCAACUGUCUCCAUGACAAGUGUGAUACAAACACAGGUGUUUGCAGCGAUGGAUGUAAAGCUGGACAUGUUGGACAGAACUGUAAUAAUGAGUUUUAUAAUAUUGCUUCUAAUGGGACGGCGACUGAAAAUCCCCAGAGCAUAAGUCACCCAGCUUAUCUUUCCAUUGAUGGGAAACGGACGGGUAGCUGUUCAAUGUUAUCUGGACCCAACUCAUAUCUACAGAUUGACAUGGGGUUUACGAGUAUCAUAACCAUGAUUUAUCUGACUUUAAAUGAUACAGGGUCUGCACCAUUAACCGUUGAUACCCAUUCAGUUUAUUGUACAAACACAAGUGACGACUGGAAAGAGUCAAUAGUAUUAUACCAUGGUGAACGUCCAACGAAAGAUAUUCACGUAUCUGCUGUAUGCAGAUAUGUUAUAUAUGUACCGCAUUCAAUAAGUGGAAUUUCGGAAGUCGAUUUGUGUGAAAUAGAAAUUGGUGGUUGUCCUUUUGGAAAAUAUGGAGUAAACUGUGAAAUGAACUGUUCAGAAAACUGCAUAUUAGGAUCUUGUAAUUUAGUUAAUGGAAAUUGCACACAUGGUUGUGUUGAUGGCUGGUUUGGUGAAAGGUGCAACGAACCCUGUUAUACAGGUUUUUAUGGAAAUCAAUGUAUGCACACAUGUUCACAGCACUGUUUCUUGCCUCCUUGUCACCAUGUGACGGGGCAAUGUAGUGGAGGAUGCACACACGGGUGGACAGCUGAAGACUGCUUUAAAGAAUGCAGUCCUGGUUAUUUUGGUAGAAAUUGCUCGGAGUCAUGUGAUGGGUGCUUAUCGAACACGUGUGACCGUUUUGACGGCUUUUGCAAUGUCAAGGACAAAUGUAAAGCAGGGUACAUAAACUACCCUAAAUGUAAUCAAUCUUGUGCUUACUGGUUCUAUGGUGAAAACUGUUCAAAUAAGUGCAACUGUCUAUCCGAGCCUUGUAAUAAAUCUACUGGAAUGUGUCAUGGUGGGAAAUGUGACAGAGGAUGGUCUGGUGAAUCUUGUAAUAAAGAAUGCAGCGAAGGAUAUUUUGGCUACAAUUGUAUUGGUUACUGCAACAACUGCUUAAAUACAUCCUGUGAAAUAUAUGGAGGGAAUUGCACACACGGAAGCAAGCAAACAGAAUUUCAGUCUAUAGAAGAACCAGGACCUGUUACACUUAUUAUAGGAGGAAUUUGUGCUGCAAUAUUCAUGGUGUUUCUUGCAAUCAUUUUGUUUAUCGUUUACAGGCGGUUUUCUAGAUCGCAAAAACACAGAAACCAUCACAGCAUGGAAGAGGACAAAAAGACUCGAUCAGCUUUAACUGAUCAAAGUGCAAUGUAUGAAAACGUGACAGGCGACUUUGCAAGUUCAGAAAAUAUACAACUUUCGUUUGAAGAAAAACAUGAUAGAAAAAUCCGAACAUGUGGUAUAAGUUCUAAUGAUCUACCAGAUGAAGAGGAAGAGGGGAAUGUCAAUGUAUAUGGCAAUGUUAUGUCAGAAGAUGAUAUGUGUCAGCACAAAAUUCAAAUUGAGAACCUGUCUAAUGUGAUACAUGAAAAGCGUAAAGAUAAUGGCUUUGAAAAGGAAUAUCGGAUGUUCCCAAAAGGUCUAAUUCAUACUCAUGUUGAGGGAUCAAAAGAAGAAAAUAAAGCUAAAAAUCGAUUUUUGACGACAUGGCCAUAUGACCACUCCAGAGUAGUUUUGAAAGGAGAUACAAAAUAUGAUUAUAUAAAUGCAAACUACAUCGACAGCUAUUAUAAAGAGAAGGCGUACAUUGCUACUCAAGGUCCAAAAAGAAAUACAGUGAGAGAUUUUUGGCACAUGAUAUGGCAGGAAAAUGUUGUAAAAAUAGUGAUGGUUACCCAAUUGGAGGAAGAAGGAAAAAAAAAAUGUGACCAGUAUUGGCCACAGACAAUUAACAAGCCAUUGAUAGUAGGCAACUUUGUAUUGACAAUGGAAGUAGAAAAGGAGCACUCUGUAUAUUUGUACAGAAAGAUAAACGUUAAGCACAAAUUGGAAAAACAAGAACGAAGGGUUCAUCAUUUUCAUUUUAUCCAAUGGCCUGACCAUGGUGUUCCAGACAGUAUAAAGCUGGUGGAUUUCUAUAGAGCAGUCACGAAUAUUAGCUGUGAUCAGCCUGGACCACUUCUCGUACACUGCAGUGCAGGCAUUGGCAGAACGGGUACAUUCAUUGCUAUAAAUUCUUUAUACGAGCAUGGCAAAUCAGUUGGUUAUAUUGAUGUCAAGGAAUAUGUACAGAUUAUGCGGAAGAACAGAAUGAAUAUGAUUCAAACAUUUGAACAAUACGAGGCUGUGUUUGAAACAUUACAAGAAUUGUUUACCGUGCCAAACACGUCUAUUCAAGUAAAUGAUUUCUGUAGUUACGUUCAAGAACAAGAAAAUACAAAAGUCCCGCAAAACCAAAAGACGUAUAGAUUAGAAUUUCAGAGGUUGCAAAGUCUUCGUCCAUCAUAUUCUUCGGAACAUUUCACAUCUUCAAUACUUGAUGAUAACAUGUCAAAGAAUGCAGUGAAUUCUAUUUUACCACAUGAUGACUUUAGGCCAUAUCUCAUGUCAUUUGGUAAACACAAAAGCAAUUACAUCAAUGCAGUUAUAAUACCAGGAUAUUCAGUACAUGGAAACUUUUUGGUAACCCAAUGUCCAUUAAAAGAAACUGUGGUUGAUUUCUGGACAAUGGUGUAUGAUCAUGACUCCAGUAUUGUUGUUUUAUUGGAUACACUUAAUGAAGAUGCUCCAUUAUGGUCGAACACAGACAAAACACUGGAGUUUGAAAAGUUUGAUAUUGAGCUUGAUAAUGAUAAGACGCCGAGAGAAGUUCAACUUGCCAUAGUACAUCGAGCGAAUAAACCAGAUAAAAGAUCUAUACAUGUGUUUUUGGCAAAAGAGUAUGAAAGAGGCAACUCUUCGCUAUCUUCUACAGCUGACAUGAUGACACUGAUGCAAAGAGUUAUUGAUCAACGAAAACAUCACACAUUUGUUGUUUAUUUAACGUUCACUGUCAUAUAUUACAUGUAUGUUAAGGACGAUGGCAGCUGCUGUAUUUAUAUUAUAUCACAUUGGUCUGGGGAAAACAAUGUACACCAUGGCCGAAACAGAUUGACAACAUUUACAAUUAUCUAA